UAAAGAAAAACGGUGAUCUCAUUGGAUCAUAUUUCGGUCCGUUGCCGGUACCCCAUUCCCUUAUUUCUCCCGACGCCAGCUACCGCCUUUUCCCGCACCGGUUGCCGCCCCGCCGCUUUCUUCCGACACAGCUCUAAAUUCCCGACUAUAGCCAAUCGAGAAGAGAACGUUUCCGGAAAAUUCCAGGGUUUGAUAAAACCAGCUGCAAUUCAAAGGUCCACUCAAGAUAUCAAUUUUUGCAGUUUAAGGAUGAUGAGAAAGUCGGGAUAUGGUUUACAACUAAGAGUUCCACCAUCACAGCAGAAGAAGAAACUUGGGGGACCCACAAGGCCUCCGCUUUCUACAGCAGCACUUGGUUUCGGAGAUGAUGAUGAUGACGUGGAAAAAGAAAUUUCUCGCCAUGCCUCCAAGAAUAAGGCUCUCAAAGAUAUUGAAGAACAGCAUAAGAAGGCAUUAGAAGAGGACCCUUCAGUGUUUGAUUAUGAUGGUGUAUAUGAUGAUAUGAAAAUGAAGGCUGUCCAACCUCGAGCUCAGGAUCGCGAGGAGAGGAGGCCAAAAUAUAUCCAGAUGCUAAUGGAGAAGGCAAAAGUAAGAGAAAGGGAGCAUGAGAUCAUUUAUGAGAGGAAAAUUGCAAAAGAGAGGAGUAAAGAUGAUCAUCUCUUUGCAGACAAGGACAAGUUUGUAACUGCUGCUUACAAGAGGAAACUCCAAGAGCAGGCUAAGUGGUUGGAGGAAGAGCGUCUUCGUGAACUGCGAGAAGAGAGAGAUGAUGUUACAAAGAAAGCUGACAUCAGUGACUUUUACUUCAACCUUCAAAAAAAUGUUGCCUUUGGAGGAGAGGGCAAGUCCAAGAAGGCUGAGAAUCAUCAUCAACAGGAAGCAGUUCGGACAGAAGAAAAGCCUUCAUCAUCAACAAAUGCACAUUCAGACAUGUCUAGGGAGAUAAAGAGGCAAGAUCAUGAAGCCUCUACUUCUCCUCCUCGUAAAGAAAGGACUGAUCAGAUGGAUAUGAAGCCUCAUUCAGAUGGUUUGUCUGAGGAGGGGGCUGUAAAACCAGCUUCUGACAAUGGACUAACUGCUGUCGCUGAAUCUGUUGUGAGUGAUCAACCAGACCAUCAUAAAAGAAAUCAGGAUGCUGUCACCGCAGCUAAGGAACGCUAUUUGGCAAGGAAGAGGGCCAAGCAGCAAUAGAUUUGUGUUCCUAAGCUGCUGUUGGUGUUUUGUUUUGAAACUGAUCCUUCAUCUUUCUACGAUUAGAAUGUGCUCCUGUUAUAUAUAUACAUUGUUGUAAGGUCUUUCAAUGUCCAUUUCUUAUUUUGAAUUUUAGGCUCUAGAGAAGGCCCUGAUGAUAUUCUGGUGCAAAAGUCAAAUAUUUGAAUAGCGCGCUAAAUCCAAAGCUGCAUAGCUACCUUGUUUCCCUUUUUAA